UAAACGAUGCGAGAUCUUAGCCUCCACACCGACGUGGAGAAAAACGUAUUCCGGGUCAUCCAGGACAGUGAAGUCAAGGUUAAGAUGACCUUUGAACCUGCCUAAGGAAUGAAGGCCUGCAGAAUUUUUUAAUGGUGGGACCCCUUUCAAAAUCCUAUUAGAAAGACGAAGGAAAAAGAAAUAUUAAUGCAGGUUUUGAAGAUGGAAUUUGGUUGCGAAAUUUUACCCUCUUACAAGGAAAGGAUUUGGGGAUUUCACGGCUGGAAUCAUCGCUCUGAUGAUGUAGGCAGCAAGGACCUCGGUAAAAUUCUAGCAGACUACGACGCUACAAGCCAGAAGACAGCCAUCUUCAAACAUGCACUUCUCUGCCAUCUACAGAUUAGCUACGAACUAAAGAGAAUACGUAAUAACUUCCCCAGCUAAGCGACUCUUUAAACUGUGGAGGAGAGGAAGUGUUCGUGGAAUGAGGGAAUGCCUUAUUGUUCAAUGCGAAAACAUACAAAUUAUGUUUAUCGCAAACUUUUAAUCGUGAUUCAUCUUCAUUUCACAAACACACAUAAGUGAAAGCGUUUAGUGUUAUAAUAGUCAUUGUCCCAAGCGCUUUACUUACGGAACGGAAAUCAUGGGGGCGAUGUAAGUUGACAAGCACAGCCGACGAGUACAGACGCAUUCUUUUUUUUUUUUUUAAAGAGAAAAGCUAUUAAUUCUGAAGGCCGCGAGGUUAUUUGUAAAUGAAAGAAAAGCGACACACAAGGAAAGGUAAGGUAUCAACCCCGGAAAACAAGCGACAGACCAGGCCUGAACAUACAACUGUAUUCGUGGAUGAUUUUGCUGGAUGUGUCAUAAAGAGAAAUAUCCGAGAUUUUUACCUCCGUGAAAGAACACAUUUCCCGUGCGGUAAAACGUCUUUAUAUAAAAUUAUGAGACAAACGGUUAGAGCAAAUGUCGAAGACAACAAAAAAUGCUAUUUGCUAAUUGGACGUCGGGAGUGAAAAUUUCUGUCCAGGCUUGGGGCUACAGACAGCAAAAGUCGUGAACCCCCAAUCGACAGAAGUAGUAAUGACCAUGACUAGAAGUCUGAUCUUACCGACACAUCAGAAACUGACGUUUGCAGAAUAAAACUAUUGAAAUGAGAUAAUGUUUUCAGAAUGGAUAGUAGCAUUUUUUUUUUAUUGGGGGUGUGUAUUUCUCUCUCUGUCGUACGGUAUGACGUAUCCGACAACGCCGCAUACCAGCCAGAGGUUUUCAGCUCGCGAACAGUCAGUAGAUAACUACCAAGUUAAGCAAACACAUUCAGAAGGCUGUGAAAUAUGAAGGCGGGAAAGCUGCGAUGUGAGUUGUGUUGACUAGGUAUAUUAUUCUGCUUUGUUUUCAUGUGUAAUUUAUAAUUUUAUAACAGACAUUAUGGACAAUUUCCUGAAAAUUGAGAAAAUAGGUGAAGGGACAUAUGGUGUUGUUUAUAAAGCCAGAGAUAAAGUGAGUGGGAAUCUUGUAGCACUUAAGAAGAUUCGGUUGGAAACGGAGACCGAGGGCGUCCCAUCGACGGCCAUACGAGAGAUCUCGCUGCUGAAAGAGCUUGAUCACCCAAAUGUCGUUAGACUGCUCGAUGUUGUUCAAGCGGGAAAGAAGCUGUACCUCGUCUUUGAGUUUCUCAUGCAAGACUUGAAGAAGUACUUGGAUUCACAGCCAGAAAUGUUGCCACAGUCACUUGUAAAGAGCUACCUGUACCAGCUUUUGAAAGGCAUAGCGUACUGCCACGUGCACCGCGUGCUGCACAGGGAUCUGAAGCCGCAGAACCUGCUGAUUGAUAGGAGAGGUUAUAUCAAACUGGCAGACUUCGGGCUGGCACGUGCAUUCGGUAUGCCUGUACGCACGUACACUCAUGAAGUUGUGACUCUUUGGUAUCGCGCACCUGAAAUCCUGUUGGGCAGCAAAUUCUACUCAACGUCUGUUGAUGUCUGGAGCCUCGGUUGCGUCUUUGCAGAAAUGCUGACUCGACGAGCGCUGUUUCCGGGAGACUCGGAGAUUGACCAGCUAUUCAGGAUUUUUCGCACGCUGGGCACACCAGAUGAAAGCGUGUGGCCCGGAGUGUCUAACCUCCGUGACUACAAGAAGAUCUUCCCUCACUGGGAGACCCAGGAUGUGUCUGAAGUUGUGCCCAUGCUAGAUGUUCCAGGCAAGGAUCUCUUUCUGAAACUUCUGACUUACGACCCCAACAAGCGACUGUCUGCAAUGGAAGCGAUGAGUCACAAGUACUUCCACGAUGUGGAACUGCAGCCCCCACCACUUCCUUCUCCGAGCACGCCCCGAGCCGAAGUUUCUUCUCGUUCUUCCUCCCACGAACAAGUGUUACAGCACAGAUCGAACAAGUCGUAGCCGGCAUCAAGGAGGCUUCUGAGUGAGAUGUGGGUUUUGUGUAGCUGAUUUUAUUCAUACAAAAAUUAAUAUUGCUGUAUCUUCACAGAUUGAAGUGACAUUGCAGAUGAAGCUGGUUGUGGCAGUAACGUUUAGGCUUAUAGACGAACGUUGGCCACCAUUACUUAAUAAGAUCUAACUCGUGUUAUGUAAAAUGUGAUACUUCUUUUAGCUCUUCUGGUUUACUGCAUUUUACCAGGUUAGGUUGGUCACUACCUGAAAUACACCAGCCAGCCACUUUGGAAUAAUAAUGCAUGUUUUUUAAAGUAGGUUAACUUAAUGCGCGUCAGAUUUUCUUCGCGGUUUUAAUGCCAAUCUUUCACGUGGUCCGUGAUCUUGUGAAAAAAAUUGUAAGUUCACUGUAAUGCUCAAAAAUAUGAAGUGUCAUAAAAUUCUCUCGAUUAGUCAAUUGAGGUAAUACUUUGGGAUGACGUUUGUCAACCGUCGGGUACCGACAUCUAUCUAGAAAUAAAUUAACUACAGUAUUUGAAGUUGGGCGUGGCGCAAAAGUAAAUUUUCCAUACUUCUCGAUUCUGAAGGUUUCUGACGAUGGUUUAAUGCAAUCUUUACUGUUGGGUUUUUUGGACUUUGUCCAUCGUCUGAUGCGGUAAAGUUACGCAACGUUCAUCGGUCCAGCAAUCGAGGUUAGCUUAUUCUGAUGGACCCCACGGAGUAGGUACCCCCUCCUUUACUACACCCGAGGACGAGGACAGAACCAAUUCUUGAAAUGUUGUCUAUUUUGUGACGUUAGACAGUGGGCAAGGUCGAAAAAUCCAGCGGUCCGGAUUCUCUGACAUCGUGUAAUAAUCACGGAAGCAGGAAAAAUGCCUUACUGUAUCAGUUUGUUGAGAUUCUUCAUAAUUUUUGGUUGAAAACUCUAAUUGUUUCUCUUUGCCUUUCUAGUACUCUGUGUUAUUUUAUUCCUUGUCGCAUUUUGCUACUCUUUGCUGGUUUCCAUCGCGGUAGUCUUGUCGAAAAGCCCCCGUACUGACUGUUUGUGGGCGUUCUUUUCUGUUUUGUUUAGGUUAGGUUAGGUUUGGUGAAACUGUGGUAUGUUGCAAAAAAUGUCUUUCCGAAUAUGGGUUCGUACACGCGUCGCUUUCUUAACGUAUGUGUGCAGAAUAAAGUGCCGUGCAAGUCUGCCACUUAACUUUAAUAUUUUGUUGUUGGCAGGUAUGUUAGAAUGUCUUACACGGUUUGACUUAAUUUUGGUAGUGUUUAAACUUUUGUCCGUGGUGAGGGUUGUAGUAUGUGGAUUGAAGAUGGCUGUCUUCUGGGUUAUAGUGCCAAGUAGCGUGUCGGAAGUUUGCCGACGUUUCAGAGGUCCUCGCUGCCCCCUACGCCAAUGCAGCCGGUAAACUUCUGAAAGUCUACGCAGUGCAACAACCCAGAAGACAGCCAUCUAAGGUUUUGUUCGCUCUGAAACAUAUACUUGACUCUUCUUUGCCUGGACUCUUUCUUGGUGCUCUUUAUCUUAUCUUCCUUUUCCUUCAGUAUUCCCCCUCCCCCUCCCCCUUGUUUUUGUCCAUUACUGUUCUCUCAGCUUGUGGUAAUGAAUGAAUUUUUACAAUACUUCCUAUACCUGUUUGCCCUGCUGAAGUAGGCAUCUGUAACAGGAACAAAGUCACCAUCGGCUUUAAUCCAUCAAUUAAAUGGUAGAAGCAUGCGACUAAUAUGUUCUAGUGUGGAAGGUGGGGUAAUAGAAUGAUCUCUGCGGAAGUAAAGAACAGAGGAUGUAGUUGCGACAUUAGUGCCUGGUCGUCUUCACUGGGCAUGCUGUGAUGUAUACAAUACAGGGCAACGUGAUAAACAGAUCAGAAUUCAUAGAUUCUGAUUCUUAAAUGGGCUAAGGUUUUUGUUGUAGGAUCGAGAAAAAGUUCUGGUUUCAUCCAUUUAGGCAGAAAAUUAAGGCCUGGUGUAAUAAACACUCAAUUUGGUUGAAAGCAAGGAACUACCAUAACUGUUCAUUAUCUUUCUGCAAUUACAACCUUUUGAAAUCAGCGUCUUUUCUAUUUAUUAUAUUCACUCACACAGUCUACAGCGCAGGAAUUCUUUGAAAAGUUGAUUGUUAUUCAGCUUUUCAAAAAAAAAAACCCACUUUCUACGUGGAACCCGAAGGUUCAUCAUUGUGCUUACAACAGCCCUCCACCAGGCUAUCCUGAGCCAGCUGCAUCCAGUUCACUCUGUCGAUUCCUCUCUCCCUUUCGUCCGUCUUAACGUUGCCCUCCCACCUACGCCUAGGUCUUCCGAGCAGUCUCCUCCCUUCAGGCCUCCCAACCAGUACCCUGUAAACACUCCUCCCCUCCCCCGUGCCGCAUGUUCCGCCCACCUCGACCUCCUUGAUUUAAUCUCGCUAACAGGUGAGGAGUACAGGCCCCGAUGAUCAUCUGUUUGUGAUAUUACUUUUAGUAACUUGUGUUGGACAGCUGGUAGUCCUGUUUCAUCCAUAUUAGCCUUUAAGGGCUGAAAAGGGGCCAUAUAUGUACUUGACAUGUACGUGCAAGUGGUCGAAAGGGAGACUCUGUCCCUUUAGAUCAUUACGUUAUUAAAAGGUUUAUACCAUUGGGAAAUGAAA